GAUUUACUUGUCUUGAGACUUCCGUAUCAAUUGUUAUAUCUGUUCUACUCCACCUUGAGAGAAACUACACGUACCUCAAGUACCAGUCCAGUACGGACCUCCCACGCUUCCAACGCGACAGGGGCACGCGAAAACACGAAAACUGCCCUACGGAGUGGAAAUGCAAGUGGUUGUGGACAUUUCAAGCGCCCUUCAAGGAAUCCAGCCCAGCCCCUCCAAGUGACAUUUGCCAAAGUCUCUAAACGCAACGCGCAUCUCAAUCGCCUACCCAAAACAACUUUUAAACCACGACGAUAACAUACGGGAACGAAUCGUCGUAUUGAAACCCUCUGCUCUGGAAACUCUCGUCCCCGUCGAAACUCCCAUCGCAGAAGUUCGAGGAGACUCAGGGGCUUUGCGCAAAAUGGCUCUUCUACAGUUCAGAGCACCGGUCGACUAUGAACAGCACCAAAGUGGGUUUCCAAGUCAAAAAUCCGGUGCGGAAAAUACUGACAACUGUCAUAGCUGCCUUUGAGGACUUUCUCCAAAACUUCAAGACCUCCCCAGCCGCUAAUAUUACCCAUGCGCUUGGGGGCAUGAAUAUUGACGAGGACGAUUUGAGUGAUGAUUACGACUUUAUGGACGAGGAUGACGAGGGACAGGAUGAGCGUCGCAGAACACGAUCUCAUGCAAAGGCGCCCAAGUUGAAAUACAUGGACCUUCUUCGUAAGAUCGCAGAUCGCCAAGAGGAGGAAAUUACGAUCGAUUUGGAUGAUGUCGAACAGGUAGGUAAUUCUUUGCUGAAAAGAUUGGCCUGGCUGAUGAUUUGGGUAGUUCGAUAAAUUACUGGACGACAACGGAACUCCUAUGAAGCUGGUCGAGUCAAUUGAGACUAAUGCCAAACACUAUCUUGAUAUUGUGUCAAAAGCAGUUGAUAAGAUCAUGCCACUACCCACAAGAGAACUCAAGUAAGCUUCUGGUCAUCAUGGCGGUAUCCGAUUCCGUAUGGACUGAUUUCGUUCUAGCUACAAAGACGAUGUUCUUGAUGUAUUAAUGUCGCAACGAACAGCCCGUAACAACGCUCUAGAAAGAGCUGCGGCCGAAAACCCAGAUCCUACUGAUGAGCCUGAGCUAUUCCCUGCCGAGUUGACCAGACGAUACACCCUCAAUUUUAAACCCCGUACACGUAGUGAGCAACCUCUCAAAGCUUUAGCGGUCCGACAGGUUCGAGGAGAGCACUUGGGACAUCUAAUCACUGUCCGAGGAAUUACGACUCGUGUCUCGGACGUUAAGCCAACUGUUGAAGUGAAUGCAUAUACUUGCGAUCGUUGUGGUUGUGAGAUUUUCCAGCCUGUUGGAUCUAAAACUUUUGGACCUUUGGUAGAGUGUCCUUCGAAAGAUUGUGAAGUCAACCAGACUAAAGGCCAAUUACACCACUCCACUCGAGCCUCUAAAUUCCAACCAUUCCAGGAAGUCAAGAUUCAGGAAAUGGCAGAGCAAGUUCCAGUUGGCCAUAUUCCACGAAUGCUGACAAUUUUAUGUCAUGGUGCCCUUGUCCGACGUAUCAACCCUGGAGAUGUAGUGGAUGUGGCCGGUAUCUUUUUGCCCACCCCUUAUACUGGUUUCAAGGCUAUUCGCGCUGGUCUUUUGACGGAUACAUAUCUGGAGGCACAGCAUGUCAUUCAACAUAAAAAAGCAUACGAGGAUAUGAAGGCAGACAGCAAAGUUUCCAGACGCAUUGAGCAAUACCAAUCGUCAGGGCAUUUAUACGAGUACCUUGCAAAGUCGAUUGCGCCCGAGAUUUACGGACAUUUGGACGUUAAGAAAGCACUCUUGUUGCUACUAGUUGGUGGUGUAACCAAAGUUAUGGGAGAUGGUAUGCGAAUCAGAGGUGACAUCAACAUCUGCUUGAUGGGUGAUCCCGGUGUGGCUAAAUCUCAAUUAUUGAAGUAUAUUACAAAAGUUGCCCCUCGUGGAGUUUACACAACUGGUCGAGGAAGCAGUGGAGUUGGUCUUACCGCGGCAGUUAUGAAGGAUCCAGUCACGGAUGAAAUGAUUUUGGAGGGAGGAGCAUUGGUUCUUGCUGACAACGGUAUCUGCUGUAUCGAUGAAUUUGACAAGAUGGACGACAGCGACAGAACUGCUAUCCACGAAGUCAUGGAACAACAAACCAUUUCUAUUUCCAAGGCUGGAAUUUCUACAACACUCAAUGCACGAACCUCCAUUCUAGCCGCAGCAAAUCCCUUGUAUGGCAGAUACAACCCACGCAUAUCCCCCGUGGAGAACAUCAACCUCCCAGCUGCGCUCCUCUCUCGUUUUGAUGUACUUUUCCUCAUCCUCGACACCCCUACCAGAGAUACAGACGCCCUCUUAGCCCAGCACGUAACAUACGUCCACAUGAACAACAAACACCCAGACACAGAAGGAGUCGUUUUUAGCCCAGAGGAGGUACGCCAGUAUAUCGCCAAAGCAAGAACUUUCCGUCCUACUGUACCCACUUCAGUCUCAGAGUAUAUGGUUAAAGCAUAUGUUAAGAUGCGAGAACAACAAUCCCGAGACGAGAAAAACAAGAAGCAAUUCGCUCACACCUCACCCAGAACACUUCUUGGUGUUCUUCGUCUCUCACAGGCACUCGCCCGUCUGAGAUUCAGUGAGACCGUUGUUCAAGAUGAUGUUGACGAAGCCCUCCGAUUGAUCGAAGCAAGCAAGGAAUCGCUCUACCAAGACCAAGACGGCUACAGAAAAGAUAACUCUCCAAGCUCGCGUAUCUACAACCUGGUUCGCGCACUUGCUGAGUCAGGGCAAUGUCGACCAGAUGAUGCGGACGAGGACGACAAUGAGACUUUGGGCAUGGAAUUAAGUAUGAAGAAGGUCCACGCCCGAGUCCUCGCCAAAAGUUUCACAGAAGACCAAUGGCAGGCUGCUGUUUUGGAGUACACGAACCUUGAUGUAAGUUUCACAUCUCACUCUCCUCUCGUUCGUUUACUAAUCCAUCGCAGAUUUGGCAAACAGCAGGUAAUGGUACACGACUCAUCUUCAUCGUCUCGGAGGCAGCACAUAUGGCACGAGACGCUGAGUAUGAGAUGGCAUAGGCCUAAUUCAUUAUGGGUUAUGGUUACGAGUAUGAAUAUAGGCGUCUCAGGGUCCCCGUUGUUUUGUUUAUCUCGAUGAAAAUCAGGCGUAACUAGUUGAUACCGUUAUUAGAGUAGAGCACGUCUAAUUGAAUACUGCUACUUUUGUCA